CUCAUUUACUGCUGGUCAAACCUCUGGGUGAAGCACAGCUGUAUCAGACGCAGUGAUGGUGAAGACGGCGGCUGCUGUACUGUCGGCACUGCUGCUGUGUGUGGGGGGCGCACUAGCGCAGGACUUCAUGUCGCCGAACAUGAACAUUAUGGAAGAACUGGGGAAACUGAAGAACAUGGAAGAACGACUGAGAACUGUGGAAGAACAACUGAGAACAAUGGAGGGGAAAAUGCAGAACCAGAACACAUUAGUAGAGGAGCUGAAGAAGGAGAAUGGAGCUCUGAAGACGACGGUGGAAACGAUGCAGGCUACACUGGAAUCACUGCAGAGCAGUAAACCAGGAUCUUCUGACGUUCCCAGCACGGCAGCAAUUUUCCGCGUCAGGCAUUGUGGAGAUUUACCCAUUAUUGAACACGGAGAUGUUACGAAGGCUCCAGAUGGGCUGGCAUUAACAGUGAGGUGCGCUUAUCUUUACAAACUUGACGGACCAGCAGAAGUAAAGUGUGUUGACAGGAAAUGGACACAGCUGCCUGCUUGUAAAGCUCCAUGUAAACUGGAUCAGUCAAAGUUUUAUUUUUCUCAAAGAGAGUACAUGCUGCACGGAGAAGAGGAAGGGCUUUUUUGUACUGCCUUUUCCAGAGUACAGGUCAAAUGUGAGAACGGAAAAGCGCUCUAUAGAGGAUGUGGUGAUAAAGACUGGUGAGAUGUGUGUGAACGUCUUCCUGCUGCAGCUUUUACUGAAACACACAAAACUGCAGAGCGACUGGAACGACCUGUAACUGCUUUACCUUUAAGCGUUACUGUAACAUUUCUCAGAACAUCUGAUUAAAAACAGAUCCUGAAUAAACAA